UAUAUCAGUAAUUUUUUAUGUCUUAGUAUGACGGGGAAGAAAUUAACUUAUAAAAAAUACUUUCAGUCUGAUGAAGAGGAAGUUGAUUUUAAAUGGGUUGGAGAAGGUCAAAAGAAAAACAGAUUGAUGUAUUACAAGGAAUGCAUGGUGGAUGGCACAAAGAUUUCUAUCAACGAUGAUGUAGAAGUUACACAAGACAGUGAUAAAAUUGCUGUUGGAACUGUACUGGAAUUGUAUCAAGCUAUGCAAGAGAAUCCCCACCGUGCUAAAAUAAAAUGGUACUUCACUAUCGGGGAAAUUCCAUAUCGUUAUCGAACCAAUUUCAAGAAACCACACAAGCAAGAACUUUACAAGGUUUUGGAUGAAAACUUUAUUGGCUGCAUGGAGGAUAUUGAUGCUGAGGCUAUAAGUGGUAUAGCUAAUGUAAUAUUUUCAGACAAUAUUCCCUCAAAUUUAGACGAGUCGUCUUUUUUUGUAAGGCAUGGGUUUGGAAAAAUAGCAACACCAGGUAAAACUAAAACGGCUAAAAAGACUUCGGUAGCAUCAAAACACCAUUUGGAACCUUUGAAGCCACUACCACCCAAGAAUGUGUCAUCACCAAAAAGGAAGGGCAGUCAAAGUGUUUAUGAAGGAGAUAGUGUGCCACCUGAUAAAUUGACUAAGCUUACGCCUAGACGUCAAAGAAAAACAUACAAUGCUGAGCAAGCUGCUGCCAAAGUUACUGACUCUGACGAUGAAGAGUUGGGAAAUAUUUCAGGAUCUGAAAGUAACGCAAGUAGCACGUCCACAAGCACUAAAUUGCCACUUCAGCAUCCAGAUGCGACCAACAAAGAAAACAUUAAUGCAGUGUCUUUGGUUGUUGAAAAGACGCCUUUCAAGUCUUAUGAGAUGAGACACAGAUCAAAAGGUGAUUCCGUUAAACCUGUUAGGUUGACACGUCGUCAGACUAUGAGUAAUGUGAGUCAUGUUACUUUUGUUUCGAAUGAAGAUGUGUUGUUGCUGAACGAGGCAAAAACACCUGUCAGAAGGACAAAUAAGUUAGAAGUAAAAAGUGAGCAGAUUGUUAGAACUAGAAAACAAAAUCAAAAAAUUCGCAAUAAACAGAAAUCGUCAACAAAAAUUAAGAAUGAGGAUGUGUUUGAUUUUCCCUCUGAUGAGGAGAUCAACGCUCCUUCCUCUGUCAGAAGAUCAGCAAGAAAAUCUAAAGUAUUGAGGAAGAAAGAAAAGUUUAUAGUAGAUGAUGCUGAUACUGGUGAUGAGGAUUUUAUUCCCUCUUCAAAAGAGAGUAAAAAUGACGAAUUGGAUGAGGCAGAAAUUUCCGAUGAUGUUAGCGAAAGUGACGAUGUUAUACAUUCAGAGGAGGAGGAAGAGGAAGAGAAAGAGAACAAGCGUGUAAAGCAUCGAAAACGCCGUACAAUAUGUAUGUCAACUUCUAGAACUCCCUCAAGGAGCGUGAAAAAAGUGAACAAAUCCAGCACAAUGACCCCAGGAAUUAAAUCGCGACAAAAGCCUCGAUUACAAGCAAAAAGUCCACUAGAGAAAGCUAGACAGCGUUUACAUGUAUCGGCUGUUCCUGAUUCUUUACCAUGUCGUGAUGAUGAGUACGAAGACGUCUACUCCUUUGUAUAUGGUCGGCUGCAAGAAAAUACAGGAGGAUGUAUUUAUAUUUCUGGAGUUCCAGGGACAGGUAAAACAGCUACCGUUCAUGAGGUGAUAAAGACGUUACAAAGUGAUGCUGAUGGACGCAACAUUCCAUAUUUCAAGUUUGUGGAAAUUAAUGGCAUGAAGCUAACUGAUCCCAAUCAAGCAUAUUGUACUAUACUGAAGAAACUAACUGGAAAGAAGGCAACUCCUGAUCAUGCGGCAAGUUUGCUUGAUAAGAAAUUCAGCCAACCAGAACCGAAAAAAGAAAAUGUAGUUCUGUUAGUUGAUGAGUUAGAUCUACUUUGGACUCGCAAGCAGAAUGUGAUGUAUAACCUAUUCGACUGGCCUACUCGCCGUCACUCGAAACUCGUUGUUUUAGCCGUCGCCAACACAAUGGACUUGCCAGAGCGGAUUAUGAUGAAUCGUGUAUCGAGUAGACUCGGUUUAACUCGAAUGACAUUUCAACCGUAUACGUUUCGCCAACUUCAAGAAAUCGUGCUGUCAAGAAUCAAGGGUGUCAAUGCGUUUGAAGAAGACGCUCUUGAACUGAUCGCUAGAAAGGUUGCCGCUGUGUCGGGUGACGCACGUCGUUGUCUUGACAUUUGUCGUCGCGCCGUCGAAAUAGCUGAGUCAUCCAUGUUGACGACCAGUCCACGUAAACGGUCGAAAGGCAUUGUGGGUAUGAAGCACGUAGAGUCAGCAUUAAAAGAAAUGUUUUCUUCGCCCAAAAUAUUAGCUCUGCAGAGUUUGUCGGUGAUGGAGACAAUGUUCAUGAAGGCGAUUAUCAGCGAGUUUCGAAGAACUGGUAUUGAAGAUGCGCUGUUUAUGGAGGUGUACGACCAGUUCCAAUCGCAUUGCAGAGCUGAAGGUGGCUUCGAACCUCCAAAUGUCUCUGAGGCGUUUGCGAUGUGCAAUAAUCUCGGCUCAUGCCGUUUGUUACUCACGGAGUCUGGAAGUAAAGAUAUUUAUCAACGAAUUCGUUUAAAUGUGAAUACAGAUGAUGUUUUGUUUGCAUUUAAAUCGAAGAAAUAGUGGCAAAUGAACAACCUCGUCCCCAGGGUCUUGUGGCCCCUAACUUCUCAACAAAGCAAAUUCCCGUGGGAACGGGGUUGGCAAAUCAAGGCAUCGAGUUUGGCUGGUCCAUCGAAUGAUUUUCGAGUUACAAGAAGCUGCUACAUACAUCGCAGAGUCCACUUCUACGGUGUUAAAAGCGGAAUGCAAAAAAACAAUUCGGAUAUGUUGUACGUUUACGGUCGCGGUAUGAUAUCAAUACAGAGGUUUGGUGUCACUAUGGCGAAAAUACGCUAAGUUAAACUUAACCUUCCAUGGUUGUGUUGUCUUAUUUAUGUAUGAACUGUAUACACUUUGGAAUAGUCUAUCGUGCCGCCAUUAGGUAACGCUAUACGAUAGUGAUUAUUUUCAUGUAAUAACGACCUUCGGUGAGUGUGUAGAUAUUGAACAGAUAUUUAAUUUCGCCAAGAGGCUAGUCAAAAUAGAGUUUGACCUGGACAAAAUUUGGAUAAAUAUAUAUUUGGCACCAUUAGAAAGGCAAUUUUGUCUACUAUAGCGUUUCGAAACA